AUGCGAAGGUCAAAAACCGUCGUGAAAGCCUCCCACCCUCAGCCUCUGAGCGAGGGGGGGGAGAAGGUGGAUCGCUCCAUAAGGGGUAGGGAGGAGACGACCACGUGCCAACCGCGGAUCCGGGACCGGGGCGGAAUCGGGGACGGCGUCGACGGCUCCGUUGCCGUGUCGGACCGGGACCAGGCGGGUGGCAGCAUCGGGACGGACGUCAACCUCGCGGGCGCCGUGGCCGGAUUCACGCCAUCGUCUUGGACGAUGGAGGUGGAGGAGGAGCCCAAGACCAAGGCUAAGGUCAACAUCUCCCGUCUUCAGCCUUUGAGCGAGGAGGAGAUGGCCGGGAACUCCGGGAAUUCCGGGAUCAACUCCGGGAACACUUUGGGCUCAAACCCCAAGGCUCCAACCGUUGAUGAAGAAGAAGACGGGGAACUCAGGAACCAACCUGGCGCCGGAAACGUCCGAGGACCAAGACAGGGGACGAGUCAAGGCUCGAAGCAACCUUUUGUUGCUUCCUCUGGCUCUCGGGAACGCGACUGUGACUGCGACCGCGACCGCGACCGCGACCGUGGACUGAAUCGCCAUCAAGACGAACAGGGCCAUCAAGCUUCUCGACGUAUGGACCGCGACAAAUGUGGCGAGCGCCGAGAAGAGCACCGUGGCGAUCAACGGAACCGCGACCGGGGCAAAGGCCAUGUCCGGGACCGUGAUCGGGAUCGCGAAUUGAAGCCGUGGUCGAAGGAGAAUCCUAAGUUCUCUUUCCAAGACGGGAAAUUGCUUGGCCGGACGGAGCUGGCGGCGUCGGGGGCGGUUCCGCCGCCGGCAUCGGGAUCGGUCCCGUCGACGUCUACGACGUCAGUGCCGUCGACUUCGAAUCUGGUCCGAGCGUCAACACGAUCGCCCUCUCCCAAGUGGAAAGUGAAAGGCAUUGGCAAGGGCAGUUCUUCAGUUGCUCCCUCCGGCUCUCGGGAACGCGACCGCAAUCGUGGACUGAAUCGCCGUCAAGACGAACAGGGCCAUGACGGAGGUGGCGGCGUCGGGGUCGGUCUUGUUGCUGGCACCGGGACCGGCUGCGUUGACGUCUUUGACGUCACUGUCGUCAACUUCAUGUCGAGCAUCAACACGAUCGCCCUCUCCCAAGGGGAAGGGCAAUGGCAAGAGCUGAUCCACUUCAGGAUCGGCAGCACUGAUCGCGCGGAUCGUGUCAAACGCGGCGAUCGUCAAGAAGAGCACCGUGGCGACCAACGAAACCGAAUCCGGGAUCGGGAUCGCGAAUCGAGGUUGAAGGAGAAUCUUAGGUUCUCCUUCCAGGACGGGAAAGCAGAUCCACUUCAGGAUCGGCAGCACUUGCAGAAACGUCUGUUUCUGCAGCAUCUCGACGUCAUGAUCGGCAACCUUGUUUGCCCUGCCUUCUACAUGAAUGAGUUAGCACUUCAAGCUACUGUUUUUUUUUCAUUAAACCUAUAA